AUGUCCAGCGACAGGGAGAGGGUGCAGCAGGUAUGGCUCCCCUCGUCUGGAGUCUGGGCCGCCAUCCCGGCGCAGAAGGGCCACAGGGGGGCAGCAGAUGAAGCUGAGAUGCCUGCUGCCGUUGCUGGCAGCCGCCAGCGAGCCAGUAGGGAGAAGCCUCCAGCAAAGGAGCCUGUCGCGGGCCACAAGCGGCGCCAGGGCUCGACCGACGCAGCACCAGAUGCGGCAGCGGGAGCAGCACCAGCAGCAAGCAAGCCGCAGAAGCAGCGGCAGCAGGCCGCGCCUUCGGCGGCAGCGGUUUCAGCAGCGGCGGGCGGCGCUGCCAGCCCGCCGGCGUACACUGGCUUCAAGCUGCAGCACGGCGACGAGGGCGAGGGCAGUGACGUGGAGGACUGCGAGCCGCCGCCCACCUGCCCCAUCUGCCUGACCGAUAUCGUGGAGCUGGCAGACAAGGCGGUGGUGGCGCCCUGCAUGCACGUCUUCUGCCACCCGUGCAUCUCCCUCUGGCUCGACCGCAAGCGGCUCUGCCCGCUGUGCAAGGCCCGCGUGGGCUCAGUGUUUUAUGACAUUCUGCCCAGCGGAGCCCACAAGGAGCGCGACGUACCCCCCUCCCCCAAGCUGCGCAGCGUUGGCAGCGACGACGCGGCGGCACCUUACGGCGGCCCCCUGUUGCAGCGCCUGCAAGACCUGCUGGGGGGGGCAGACCUGGUCGAUCCGUAUGAACAGCAGCAGCAGCAGGGGCGCCGCCUGGUGCAGCCGCAGCCCGGCUCCGCACGCGGCGGCUACGGCGGCGGUGGCGACGGCAGCGCCGGCGGCGCCAGCGCGCGGCAGCGGGCCGGCGGCGCCGCGGAUUCACACCAGCAGCAGCAGCAGCAGCAGCAGGCGGGCGCUGCGCUGGCGCCGCGCCCAUACUUCUGGCGCCUGCAGCAGCGCCUGCAGGCAGGCGCCUACCGGCCUGAGGGCAGCGGCGGCGGGCCGGCAGGCUGGGACGCCCUGCAGGGCGGUGAACCCGGCGCGCAGCCGGUCACCGAGGAGGAUUAUGUGCUGCUCUGGCGGCGCCAGGUGUACGAUCAGGAUCUGUGGGCGGAGCCGCUGGGGACUGAUGCCUCCCGCAUCUCACUCGGCAGCGGCGGCGCCCGCGAGCGGCGCCUCACAGGCAAGCGCGAGCGCAGGCAGAGAGCAGCUGCCUUUUGCGUUUUUGUUGUUCCCGACUUGUGGAUUGAUCGGGAACUGCGGGCGCUGACCGGCAGCGAAGAUGUGACCAUCCUGCGUGGCUUUGUGCUGGGGCUGGUGGUGGCGUACGGAGUCGAGCCCUACAGCAGCGGCAGCAGCAGCAGCGGCAGCUCCCCCGGUGUGGCCGGCACCGCACACCCCGGUGGCGGCGCCGUGGCGGCUCGCCAGGCGGCGCUGAGGGCCAGCCGUCGCGCGGCAGAAAUGGUUGCUGCAGCGGGCGGCGGCGGCGGCGGCGGAGGCGGCGGCAGCGGCAGAGAGGGCGGCGGAGGCGGCGGCGCGCUGAGCAGCAGCCCCGAGGAGGCUCUGCGCCCGUUUCUGUAUGAGCACAGCGCCCACUUCUGGCACGAGCUCCGCUGCUUCGCCACGGCGCCCUAUGCCCGCAGCGCGUACGAUCGCAUGGUGCAGUACCGGCGGUACGAGCCGGCCGCGCAGCAGGCGGCGCAGCAGGCCCAGCCGCGGCAGCAGGCGCGGUGGCCUGUGCGAGGCGUGGCGGCGGGGCACGGCGGGCACGUGCCGCGCCUGGUGCCGCACCGGCAGCCCGUGUGGCGGCAGCAGCAGCAGCAGCAGCAGCAGCAGCAGCAGCAGCAGCAGCAGGAUGCCGGGCGGCCCUCUCGUUGGGACAAGGGCCGCCCUGCAGCAGCGGCAGCAGUGAUCGUGGCGGCCUCUGGUGCAGCACAGCAGCCGCAGCAGCAGCCUGAGUGCAGCAGGCGCAUCGAGGCGGCGCAGGUGGUGUGCCAGGGGCGGGGACAGGGGCGCCCGCAGCUGGCAGACGCCGAAGUGCCGCGAAGCCGCUGCCAGGGGCAGGUGGAUGGCGGCAGCGGCGGCAGCAGCAGCAGGAACCCCUCCCCGCCGCCUCUGCUCCCUGCCUCGGGCACGCACCUGGACUGCCCACAGCAGCUGCAGAUCAGCCCGGCCCCAGCCCCGGACCGUGGACGCAGCGCCAGCAGGAGCCCGUCUGGCGACGCGGGACAGCGUCAGCAGCGGCAGCGAUCGCGCAGCAGGAGCAGCAGCCGCAGCCAGCUGCGGCGCCGCCGCCGCAGCCGCAGCAGGCGCCGCGGGCGGCAGGAGCGGUCUGCAGGCAGGAGCCUCACCAGGCUGGACGGGCGGGGCCGGCACCACCGCCGAAGCCGCAGCCGCAGCAGGCGGUACAGUACACAUGAGCGGUACAGCCCCAUGCAGUACCGAGCAGGCGCUGACGAUGGCGGCGACCGCUGGGGCAUGUGCUGA